CUUCCCCGUUCGUUUGACAAGAGAAUGCAGGAAACCUUGUAGGAGAAAGAAAGUCACCGUGACCCGUCGCCGUUAAAUGUAAACAAAAUCUAAAAUACACCAUGAGUGAUUCAGAGCAGCCAGAAGAGGCUGAAAAUGUGUCUCAGCCUCAGUGGCCUGAGAACGGAGAGGAAUGGAGUGAUGGAGAGGACGGCACGACCAUGGACUGUGGGCUUCUGCAGGCCAUGGCCGAGGAAGAUGAUGAGAUUGACGUCUACAAUGAGGAGACGUUUGGAAUGGAUGGUCCGGCCCCUUCAUCUCCUGCAACAGAACUUGACGCACGAGGGACCACCGAGGACCCCGGCAGCGAACUCCUACAGUUUGAAGAACAACCUCCUUCACCGCCACCGCCUCCAUGCACACCUCCACCAGCCCCCAAACCAUUACACCGCCACUGCUCCCCCUCCCCCCUCAGACAGAGCCCACAGUAUGUGCCCUGGGCUCCCCCGGGGCAGCGUGGCAGAGGAUGGGGGCAGAGAGGGGGGCCCGGUAGGGGCCAUUUGUUUGAAGACCCAGCUGUGAUGAGGAUAGUGGAGGGCCGACCGAGUCUGAAGACUCUUGACAGUGCCAUAGUGGACCUUGGGAACACCAUGUACCGGAAGACCUUGGAGGAAGACUACAUGUCGCCCUCUUUCAGAAAGGCCAGAAGAAUCUCAGGAUCAAUACUUCAGGACAGUGCUGUAGUGUGUGUGAUUGAUGGUCACAGAGGCCGAAGUCAACAGCUGACCUCCAACUUCCCGGAUUUCCCAUAUCCUGUCUCUUCCUUCAGGGGCAGGAGAGAGGAACCCAGAGGAUCCUAUGCCAGAAGACAGUUUGGCGAAAGAUUCCCCGCUCAGAUGCAUGCAUCCAUGGCACCGGGAUCCCCAAUCUUCUCACGUCAACCACUAACCCCGCGGCAACAUUACAAUCAGUUCUGUGCGCAGACCGGGGGCUUCAUGUUCCCGGCGAACCGGCCGUGUCCCUCCACUCCCCAGUCGCUGACUCCCAAGAUGAUGCAACUUCGCUUUGGCGCCAACUCGCCGAGGCCGUCCCCCUUUUACAGCCCCUCGUCCAAUCCGAUGCAGCACUUCAGGAACCCCGGUCCUGUCACCCAGCUCCACCCCCAACAUAAACGACUUCUUAAUCAAAAACAACACAUAUUCCAAAGAAAAGCAGAGGACUGGGACCCGUACUGUAAUCUCAUGACGGCCAAAGAGAAGGAGUGGAUCACCAGGCUGCAGAUGAUCCAGCUGCAAAGUGAGAAUCCAUACCACGAGGACUACUAUUCCCAGGAGUACUACCGGCGAAUUGAAUCAAAGAUGGCGGAGGAGGAGCUGGGCAUCAGGAGCAAGAGGGAGCCCCCCAAGCUUACCACGCCGUACAUCACAAAGACCGACGUCUACGCACCAGUGGUGCACAUCGAAGGCUCCCUCGGCCAAGUUGCCGUGUCCACGUGUUACUCCCCUCGCCGGGCCAUCAGUGCGGUUCAUGCAGUCCAAGCUCAGGGUCCACUAGAGGAACAGCAAGACAUCCGACAACAGCGAUUAGAGGUCUUCAGCAAAAUAGAAAAGCUGUUCGUGGAUCUGUUGGAGGUCGAGGAGGCGGAGAGAAUGAAAAGUACCAUUUUGUCGGAAGCAGAGGAAAACGGGUUGAUGGCGAAGUCACAGGGAAAAGUGGAGAAUAUCUGCUCCCAGCUGCAACAUCACAACCCCUCCGAUUCAGGAGUGGAGUUUCUUCCGUUCCUGCUGGUCUCAAAAGGCAAAAAGCUGCUUGCACGACUGCUCCCGUUUCUGAAACAGGAGACCGCGCUGACCAUCUUGAGCAUCGUGACCUCUAACCUUCCCACGCUGAUGAGCAGAGAUCCAGAAGAGGCCCUUCCUGUGCUCUACCCGCCCCUUCGAAACGUGAUUGGGGGCCUUACGUUCAGUCAGCUGAUUGUUGUCCUCAAAAAUUUGACGUCCUCUGAGUCUGUGACAUACGAGUCGCUCACUCUGGCCUGUCAGAACAAGUUCGGACUGUCGCUGCUGUAUGCUCUGCUGUCCCAAGGGGAGAAGCUGCUGUCCUCUGGUGCCCCCCUAGAACCCAGCAUCGGUGACUUUGAGAGCUGGACGGACACAAUAUUCCAGGUGGCGGGACAGCUGUCCCAGUGUUCACUGGUGGAGCCGCUGCUCCUGCCCUCAAACCUGCUGACCCUCUUCUGCCGUUACCUGGACAAGCGCACCGUGCAUCAGCUGAAAAGCAACAUGGAGUCUGCAACCGGAUUCGUCGCUCUUCCAUCGUAAGGCGGACGUUCCAUCUUAAGGUUCAACUGAUGACCCGGUUCUGAUGGACACUAGUUGUCGGAGCAGAAGUGCGGCCGUGACACAAACUACUGUGUUCAUCAGCGACAGACAUAUGUCAUUUACAAAAUGUUUUUUCCCUCUACCUCCUUCCCUCACAGUUUUGCACACAAACUGUUUCCUUUUUUUUUUUUUUUCCUUAUCUGAUCUUUUUCCGUUCCUCCCUUUGGUCUCCUGAAGGUCACGUCAGUGCAAGUUAUUCGGAAAUCACAACCUGAUGUUUUUCGUUCUUUUAACUUUCCAAAACAAGUGUUGCCGUCAUUUUAUGAGAUUACCAUUUACAGGGUUGGUAACAUCACAUUGACUAGUAGAUGGAGCUGAUUUCAUUGAGUCUCUGUCCAACUCCAGUUAAAGGAACAAAAGAAGCUGGAGGUUUCACUUAUGGAGAAAAAUUUGUUGGAUCAGAUGUUGGUGACCAGGUUGAGGAUUGUAUAGUAAUUUAUGAUUGUACAGCUGAACUUAUUUGUUAUUAGAAUCAUAUCCAUUUUGGAAGUUGGCGUUGUCUAUCAACUUAAGCCAUGCAAUUUUUUGUUUUUUGUAAAAAGGGUUGUGUAUACAUGUGUAGCAAAACUCAAUAUGUAUUUGUAAUUUUUUAUUUAUUGAUUUGGAAACGGGAAUAAUUUAUAUUGCACCCUUGUAGAGCACUUGCAACACAAAUAAAAAAAAAAUU